UCUAUAUGCCCAAGUAAGCACUAGCGAUUCUCCACCAUCGACGAUGACAGACAAAGAACCACCAUCUUGGCAGGAACUUGCCCAGCAGGUUCGAGCUCGCCGGGACAAGUCCAUUGAAGAAUUCGCGCCGGACCUUUCAAUCCCCCCGAUCUCAUCCGGCCGAGCAAUCCCAAUCCCAAGACACCAUCUCACCAGCGCGGAAAUUGCCAUCACGGAGUCCUCAGCUCAAGGACUCCUGACUUCCCUAUCACAAGGGGUUUUGUCCGCAACAACCGUGACAAAGGCGUUCUUGAAGCGAGCAGUGAUAGCUCAUAAACUCGUAAACUGCGUCCAUGAACUUUUGUCUGAGAGGGCUCUGGCACGCGCCGAGGAGCUGGAUGACUUCUUCGCGAGGAAUAAAGGGACGAUGGGUCCUUUGCACGGACUGCCGGUCAGCUUGAAGGCACACGCGGGUGUCAAGGGAGGUGAUGCAAGUGCGGGCAUUGUGGCACGGGUUGAGAUCAAGUUCCAGGAUGAUGCAGACCUAGUGAAGAUUCUUCUAUCUGCGGGUGCCGUUCCGUAUGUGAGGACCACUGAGCCCCAGGCUUUGAUGAUGCUCGAGACUCAUAGUAAUAUCACGGAAGUGACUGUCAACCCUCAUAAUAUCGCCCUUACUCCGGGAGGCUCUUCUGGCGGAGAAGCGGCGCUGCAGGCGUUGUAUGGAAGCCCGCUUGGGGUUGGGACGGAUAUCGGAGGUAGUAUACGGUCGCCAGCCGCGAACUGCGGGAUAUACGGCUUCAAACCUACCACCUUUCGCAUUCCUCUUUCCGGUUUCGCUAGCUGGAAUCCCAGACUAGGCACGAUCAAAGGAACGGCCGGUCCAUUGACCCCGUGGUUCGAAGGAAUCGAUAUGUUCAUGAAAACAGUUCUUGAUACGGAGCCAUGGCAUAGAGAUCCAAAUCUGCAUCCGAUCCCUUGGCGCAACCCCCCGGGGUCAAUCGAUCUAGAAAAAGGAGGAAGACUGAGAGUGGGCGUGCUUUGGGAUGACCAAAUCGUAAGGCCACUUCCUCCUGUGGCUAGGGCUAUUACCGAGGUAGUUGAGCGGUUGAAAUUGGUCCCUGGAGUCGAAGUCACGGACUGGAAGCCUUACAGACAUGACGAAGCAAUGGAAAUUCUAAACGGAUUGUACUCCCCUGACGGAGGAAAGUUGCUCGAGUCGCUUUUAGAUGCUUCAGGAGAGCCAAUGCUUCCCUUGGUGGCGUGGCCAAUGCGCGACGCCCCGGGAGUCAAAAAACACAGCGCUUCUGAGCUGUUAGAGCUGCUGCGACGUCGAGAUACAUUUCGAUAUGACUACCUCCAAGAAUGGAAUACCGUGGCACCGGAUAUGGACGUGAUUCUCUGCCCUUGCCAUCCGAGUCCGGCUCCUUUGCUGGAAACCUCGUACUACUGGGGUUACACGUCGAUCUGGAACUUGCUGGACUAUCCUGGAAUCGUGUUCCCUGUCACAAGAAUUGACGCUGAACGGGAUGUUCUAGUUCCUGGAACUGGAAACGAUGAGCCCCGAAAUGAGAUGGACAGGUGGUAUCAAGAACACUACGACCCCGUGGCACAAAAGAGUGCUCCAGUAUGCCUUCAAUUGGUUGCUAAGAGAUUAGAGGAUGAAAAGGUUGUGCAAGCUCUGCGGCAGAUCAAAAAGACGGUGGGACUGCCGUUCGUGAAUUGUCUCGAGGGCUGAGAAAAUCAUAUUGG